UUUGAAAAUUCAAAGUAAGAAGUGGUCUGUAAUUUUACAACUAAAAGAAGAAUGGGAAUUAACGUUCAAAAUGGAAUCCAUAUAUCUCACGCUCUUUCUUACACUUACGAAUCGUGUCACCGUCAGUGGAUCGUAAAGGAUCAAGAUGCCUGGUGGAAUCACAGUAAAAGAUGCUAGCCCUCAAGAAUUUGUAAAAGCUUUUGCUGGACACCUAAAAAAAGGUAAUAAAUUUAAAGUGCCAGAAUUUGUUGAGAUAGUAAAAACUUCGAAAGCUUGUGAACUUGGACCUUCUGAUCCUGAUUGGUUUUAUAUCCGUGCUGCAGCUGUUGCUAGACAUAUUUAUUUAAGACCAAACCUUGGUGUUGGUGCUAUUCGUAAAAUUUAUGGUCGUGCUCAAAGGAAUGGGACAAGGCCAUCACAUUCAUGCUUAGGAUCAGCCUCAAUUGCUCGAAAGGUCUUACAAUCUCUAGAAGCAAUGAAACUUGUUACUAAAGAUGCAGCAGGUGGACGUAGCUUAACUCCUGCAGGUCGAAGGGAUAUGGAUCGAAUAGCUGGACAGGUUGUGAACAAAGUUUAAAAAUAUAUUACAGAGUUAAUAUUAAA